AUGCCAGAGUGCCCACUCACAGGACUUAGUACUUUUCAUUUUAUUUUUCCUCAGGCUAAGAGGGCUGCUUGGUCUAAUCAGAUCGAGUUUGUUUUGACCCUAAUUGGGUAUGCUGUAGGGUUAGGGAACGUCUGGAGAUUUCCAUACCUUGCAUACAAAAAUGGAGGAGGUGCUUUCCUCAUUCCAUACUUUGUUUCCCUGGUCCUGAUUGGAAUUCCACUCUUUUUUCUUGAAUUGUCCUUUGGUCAGUUUGCUAGUCUGGGCCCCAUAAGAAUAUGGGUUGUGAAUCCGGCUUUCAAAGGAUUGGGAUUUGCCAUGACAAUAAUAUCAGCAUUAAUCGCCCUUUAUUACAAUGUCGUAAUUGCUUGGUGCUUGUAUUACCUGUUCGCAUCGAUGACGUCAUAUUUGCCUUGGCAGGAUUGCGAAAACGAAUGGAACACGUGCAAGUGUAUCGAUAAAACAAGAAAUUUCUCCAGUCCUGAUCCUUGGAACGGAAAAAGACCCGAAUGCUUGUCCCAACUUCCAGAUAUUGUAAACGCUACCAAGAGGACCCCAAGUGACGAAUAUUUUACGCAAAAGGUAUUAGGUAUUACAGAUUCUUGGACGGAUCCCGGAGGAGUGAAAUGGGAUGUGACUUUGUGUAACUUGCUGGCGUGGUUGAUUGUAUUUUUGGUUUUAUCCAAAGGGAUCAAAUCCCUCGGAAAGGUUGUGUACUUCACUGCCAUAUUCCCAUACAUCUUGUUGACAGUAUUGCUGGUUCGCGGACUCACACUAAGCGGAUCCCAUGAAGGUGUUAUGUACUACCUUACACCAGACUGGAACAAACUCCUGCAAGCCAGCGUAUGGUCUGAUGCUGCAGUGCAGAUCUUCUAUUCCCUCAGUGCGUGUUCUGGUGGUCUGAUUGCAAUGGCGAGCUAUAACAAAUUCAAUAAUAAUGUUCUAAGGGAUUCGCUGGUUGUCCCCUUUAUUAAUUGCCUGACUAGCUUCUAUGCCGGAUUUGUGAUCUUCUCAGUACUUGGAUUCAUGGCUGAUUAUAAAGGAGUCACAAUGGACAAUGUAGUUAAAGGAGGACCUGGACUUACGUUUGUGGUUUAUCCAGAAGCCCUUGCGCAGAUGCAGGUGGCUCCAUUGUGGGCUAUUCUAUUUUUCUUCAUGAUGGCUACACUUGGGUUCAGUUCACAGUUUUCGAUCACGGAGACGGUAAUUACCGGAAUAGUGGAUGAGUUUCCCCAUUUCUUCACAAACAAAAAAAGGCUGAUUUUAUUCCGCGCCGGAAUUUGUGGUACCGCAUUUCUCCUUGGUUUACCCAUGACUUGCAGAGGUGGAGAAUAUACUCUCAACCUAAUGGACACGUUUGUUGGAGGUUUCCCGCUUUUGUUUGUCGGAUUAUUUGAAAUCAUCGCCAUAAUUUAUAUCUACGGGUUUUUCCGCUUCAAGAGAGAUAUUGAGAUGAUGCUGGGUUCUAACAUUGUUAUCAACAUAUUUUUCGGCUACUUUGCGACCAUGUGGCUGUUGAUUUCACCCUUGGCACUACUAGCUGUGAUAAUUUUCAAAGCUGUUCAGACCAAACCAGCCACAGACGGAAGUUACGUUUAUCCGGACUUUGGUCAGGCACUGGGCUGGCUUAUGGUACUGGCGCCACUAAUAUGGAUUCCAGUCAUAUUCUUCUUCGAGGCCUUCAGAAAUGGACUUGGAAGGUUGCUGGUCAAAAUAACCUCUCCUGAAAAGAAUUGGGGACCAGCUUUGCCAGAAAAUCAGGUGGGAAGGUACAGUGAAGAAAACAAAGCUAGAAGCCAAAAGAUAAAUGGAACAAAUGGUUACAUUAAAAGUAGUCUCUCCGAUCAGUCUCAACCUCCUAUGGAAAAAUACACUCCACUUCAAACUACCUUUGUCAAACCAAAUACAGAAAUCAUACCAAACGGGAGACCAGAACAACACACAGUGGAUAUAGAUCAAGGAACAGGACAGAAUGGGCAGACAUCGGAUAAAGGAGUGGUGGAAAAUGGAACAGCUAAAGUUCAAGAAGUGGUGGAAAAUGGAACAGCUAAAGUUCAGGAAGUGGUGGAAAAUGGAACAGCUAAAGUUGAACCUCAGAAACCGAAUGUUCAGUUCAGUAAUCCAGCGUUUGAAAAUGACGAGACUAAGGAAUGAAAAGUAGGACAGGGUUCUUGAAU